UGUAACGCGAAUCGACGCGACGGCCGAACGUUUAGUCAGGACCGACUCGAAUCGCACAAGUCAUAUGGUCGCUGAACCGGGGACACGCGCUUAUCCUAAAUAAUAUAUAUUUAUUAUAAUACUGUUGUGCUCUCUACGCGCUCGUCUCUACCGAAUCGAUCAAAGACAGUCCACCGUCCUGCCCCGAGGACAAACCAGCAGUUUCAACUGACAUAGUUCCGCCCGUCGAGGUUGACAGCAAUGACGAUAAGAUCGAAAAUGGAGAUGACGAUGUUGACGAUAUCGAAGAGAUUUUUGACGACGAAGAUGAAGAAGAUGAAGGAGAAGGAGAAGAAUUAGAUUUAGAAGACGAAGAUGAAAUCGAAGAGGACCAAGAUGAAAAAGCAGUGAUCGUAACCAAAAAACCCGAAGAUAAAGUUGUAACUAAUGAGACACCUACUAAACCCAGCGUUCCGGCCACUAAAACCGAAGAGGUCAAAGCACCGGUCGUGGUGCCAAAACCGAAAGACGAAAUUAAAAAACCUGAACCUUCAAAGGCCCCGGAGGAAAUCAGUGAAAAACCGAAAAUUGAUAUCGACAACACGAAAAAAUCUGAGGCCCCAGCCAAGCUAAAGCCGGAAUUCGAGAAGGGCGAGAGGGAAGGGGCUGCAGCUGAAGCGGCGGCGCCCGAAAAGGACGCGUCCAAGGCCAAGUCGGAGUUUGAAAUCGUUGAGAGGGAGGACAGAGACGCGCUGCCGCCGAAGCCUGCAAAGACUGAGUUCGAAGUCGUCGAGAGAGGAACGGCGGUGAAACCCGUACUGCCACCGCCACCACCUCCACCGUCGUCAUCUGCGGCGGUGGUCAAAGACGACGACCCUAGCCGGCCGUCGGUGAAAGCCGGCGGCGACGACAAAGGCGCGCUGAAACCGGUUGCGCCGGAAAAGGCGGCGGCCCACGUGAAAUUUCAAGAAGACGACGAUUACGACAAGACCACCGGAAAAGGCCGCGUGCCGGCCGCGGACUUUGCCACUCUGGAAAAAGGCGAAACGGCCGUCAAACCACCGGGAGCGACGACGACCGGACAUAAUGCUGCGGUCGGAGACUUUUUGUCUGCCGAACAGGCGCACGGCGGUCAACUCCUGAAAAGUCACCACGAAUCCAUUCAAGACCAACAGCUGGAUUACAGUGAUUCCGGUGAAGAGCUAUCGGACGACGAUAUUGAAAUCGAUUACGAAGACGACGAGGACGACGAAGAAGUGGUAGAAGUGAAACCGCUGCCGCCCGUCGCUCGAAGCGUUUAUAAAAAGAACGACUGAACUACCGCCACGUUUUGUUUAGUCGUCUCUCCAGCCAUUGUAUAAAAAUAGUUUAAAACACAUAUUUUUCUUCUUUUUAUAAUUGUAAAUUAAAAAUAAAAAAAUCUUACACACUAAAUAAUAACAAUAAUAAUAAUAAUACUUAAUCAUUAUAAUGGAAGUUCAAACGGUCGAAAAGAAACCCAAUACCGGAAAACAAACAGUGACGGCGACUGAGGAGACGUCUUCAGUGGCUGAACGUACCAAAGAGGUGACCAAAGACACGGCCAACUCGCAUCUGGAGCAGAAGGCCAAGAGUGUGCAGUCGGAGGAGUCGACCAAGUCGGUGUCGGAAUCGGUGGAGAAGCUGGCCAACGGUGGCGUGAAAAAGAAGACGGUAAUGUCCUCGUCGCAACAGUUCUCGUCCGAGGAAUCCUUUGAGGAGAGCUGGUCGUCCUCCGGGCCUGUCAUUACCACCACCGUGCCCAAGCAAAUCGAACAAUAAUAUAUUAUUAUAUUUUAUUAUCAUCUACGUAUUUCAAUAAUAAUUAACGACGAUGAUUUACGGUACGAUACCGCGUGCGACGAUGUAAUAUUGUAUUAUAACCUUAGUUGUUGAAGCCUUAUCAUUAAAUAAAAAAAAAAAAAAAAAAAAAAUAUUAUAAUAUGGUGAUGAUAAA